AUGUCCCCUAUCGCCCUUCCCGCUCAGCACGCCGUCGUCCUCCACGGUGCGAAGGAUCUUCGCUACGAGGAGCGUACCCUCUGGCCACCUCAACAGGGCCAAGCUCAGGUCGCGGUAGUUGCGACAGGUCUCUGCGGAAGUGACUUGCACUAUUACAUGCAUGGCCGAAACGGCGACUUUGUGGUGCAGUCUCCACUCGUGCUAGGCCACGAAUCAGCAGGGGUUGUCACUGCGGUUGGUCCGGGAGUGAAGAACCUCGUACCCGGGCAGCGCGUGGCCAUCGAGGCCGGCAUCAUGUGCAAUAACUGCAACUACUGUGCCAAGGGGCGCUAUAACCUCUGCAAGAACAUGCGCUUCUGCAGCAGCGCCAAAACCUUCCCCCACUCCGACGGCACGCUACAAGACCGCAUGAACCACCCAGCACACGUACUACACCCACUACCUGACCACUGCACGUUCGAACAAGCAGCACUAGCCGAACCGCUCUCUGUCCUCCUCCACGCAGCCCGCCGCGCAGAACUCACCCCGUCCUCCCAUUCCACAGUCCUCGUAUUCGGUGUCGGUGCUAUCGGCCUCCUCGCCUGUGCCCUCGCCAAAUCAUACGGCGCGCCCCGCGUCGUCGCCAUCGACAUCAACCCCGCCCGCCUCAACUUCGCGCGCGAGCAAGGCUUUGCGGAUCAGGUGUACUGCCUUCCCAUGGUCGACAAGGCGAAGACGACCGACGAGCAGCUCCGGCGCGCGAAGGAGACCGUCAGCGCCGCGCUGAGCGAGUUCGACAUGCCCGACGGGUUCGACAUCGUCUUCGAGUGUACCGGUGCGGAGCCGUGUAUCCAGAUGUCCAUCCAUGCCGCCAUCACGGGCGGGAAGGUGAUGCUCGUCGGCAUGGGCGCGCGCAAUGUCACGCUCCCGCUCUCCGCGGCUGCGACGCGUGAAGUUGACAUCCACGGCUCGUUCCGGUACGCAAACACGUACCCCGCCGCGCUCGCGCUGCUGGGGUCGGGGAAGCUCCCGAACGUCGAGCACAUCAUCACACACCGCUUCGCCCUCCAGGACUCUGCGCGUGCGUUCGAGCUCCUCGCUAAGGGCCGCGACGAGCAGGGCCACAUGGUCCUCAAAGUCAUGGUCGGCUCGCAAUGA